CAGCGCGCCUGCGCAGAGGGGGCGGAGGAGGAAGUGGAGCCUCAGUCUGGAUGCUGGUGGCCCGGAGAUACUCUACCCUUACCUGGUGUCUUCGGAGCUAUGGAGGUGGUGGACGGCUCCGUGGCGGCGUCGGGGAAGCCGGAAGAGUGCGUGGUACAGGAACGUCAGCGACUGUGCUCCGAGUUCGCGGCGAUUACGGGCCGGAGCUGCGGCGUGGCUCAGUGCUACCUGGCGGAGAACGAGUGGCAGAUGGAAAGGGCCCUCAAUUCCUACUUCGAGUCGGCCGUGGACGAGGGAGCUAUGGACGCCAGGCCGAGGACGCCCCCGCCUGCCCCCGCUCCCGUCGCGGGGGUCUGUAGACUUGAUGAAGAAAAAUUAAAACAGCUGAUAACUUCGCUGGACAAGAAAGGAAACUUUGGUGUUGACCUGACAAAUGAACCAGCAAUUAAUGUCACCAAUACUGGUGUCAACAUAGAGAAUUGUGUCCAGAAAGAAGACGACAGUACAUUUUCUUUAAUUACAUGGAAUAUUGAUGGAUUGGAUAUACACAAUUUGCAAGAUAGGGCUAAAGGCGUAUGUGAAUAUUUAGCUUUGUACACUCCAGAUGUGGUAUUUCUUCAAGAAGUGAUUCCACCAUACUACAGCUACCUAAAGAAAAAGGCAACCAGUUACACAACAAUAUCAGGUAAUGAAGAUGGCUAUUUCACCGUAGUAAUGUUGAAGAAGUCAAGAGUGAAGUUAAUAAGCCAUGAAAUUAUACCUUUUCCAACUACGCAAAUGAUGAGAAACCUUUUGUGUGUGCAUGUGACUAUAUGUGGUAAUGAGCUUUGCCUUUUGAACUCACACUUCGAGAGCACCAGAAACCAUGCUCGGGAACGGAUGAAUCAACUAAAAAUGAUGUUAAAGAAAAUGCAAGAGAUCCCAGAGUCGGUUACAGUUAUAUUUGGAGGAGAUACAAAUUUAAGGGACCAUGAAGUUUCUAAAUCAGGUGGCUUACCAGAAAAAAUUUUGGAUGUUUGGGAGUUUUUGGGCAAACCUGAGCAUUGCCGUUAUACUUGGGAUACACAAGCCAACACUAAUUUGGCAAUAGAAGCCACUUGUAAACUACGGUUUGAUCGAAUAUUUUUCAGACCUGCAGCAGAUGGUUGUAACAUUGUUCCACGAAGUUUGGACCUAAUAGGGUUAGAAAAACUGGAGUGUGGUAGAUUCCCUAGUGAUCACUGGGGUCUUCUAUGUGGGUUUGAUAUAAUACUGUGAAUAUUUUUCAGAUGUGUAUAUUCGUAAGUAUAUUGUACAGUUUUCUCUCAGAUUUCUUGCCAAGGUCUUUUGGAGCUUGUGGGAGUCACAGCCUCUCCUCAGCCAUCUUGGCUCCGCCCCCCACCAAGAUUUUUUGAUGAUGUUGUGAGCCUCUUUGGAAAAAUGUGUUGAAUAUCAACUAAGAAGCUGGAUUUUCACUUCUCUAUUAUUAUUUCUUGUAGAUUCAUCCCACAGAUUUUUCAAAAGUCCUUCUCUCCCCACCUCCAAGAACUGUACCUCUUAAGCAGAAGAGCUUUUGAGGUGGCCUUUUCCUCCAGUCUAUUUGGUUGGUCUGGAUGAAAUGAAGGCUUUGUUUGCUUAGUCUCUAGCUUCUUGGUCAUGGGACUAUGGCUUUCCUUGUCCUUCAUCUUUAUCUUAGCCACUUCCUUAACCUAGACAACUAGAAGAAGGAUAACAUGAGUAACUGAUGAUGAGAAAUGAGCUGCAUUUGUUUUCAUUCUCUCUGUUUAAGGUAACAAAAUAAAUAAUGAGUAAUAGUAAAAGGCAAAUGGAAUUUACAAAUCAUUGUAUGUCCUCUGUAGGGACAAUGUGGAAGGAAAAUGCAAAUGUGUUAAUAAUAGUUUAAUGUGAAUAAUCGUAUUGGAAAACUGGAUAAUGUGAUUGGUCCUAGUCAUUUAACAAUAAGUCAUGAAAUGUAAGAUAUAUCUGGUAAAGUCCAUGAGAAAACUACCUUGUAUUUUUACUCAAAUUGUAUUUUUAAUUAAAGAAUAUAAAAGAACUACUAUUGCUGUCUACUUUUGAGUCAAGCUAUUUUUCUCUCCCAUUAUUUGACUCUGCAACAAACACAAAGAAAAGAAGGUUGUAUUCAGGUAGAUCCUAAAAAUGAAACUAUUUCUGAACAACAUGUUUUGGAUAAUCAUGUUUUCAUUCUCCUUCAUAUACCUUCCCCUUUAAUUAUUUUU